AUGUCAACGCACAAUGACCGGUACGUCCGAGAUCCCCUGGCGGCCGACUAUCCACGACCCCCUUGGGUCUCGCGAUCCCUUCUAGCAUUGGUCUUUGUUGGCUCGAUGGCAGGCAUGAUGUGCUUUGGUUACUUGGGCGACUUGCUCGGGCACCGGCGAGCUCUUCUUGGGACCAAGGGCCUGGUUGUGCUGGGGGCCUUGAUGUGUGCCCUGCUACCCCAAGAUGCUGGAGACGAGUUCUGGCGCAGACUGGCCAUCGGCCGAUUUCUUGUCGGAGUGGGCCUGGGUGGUGCUUACCCACUCAGUGCUGCCUAUGCGGGUGCUUCUGCAGAGGUUGGUCAGGCGUUUUUCUGGCAGACACCCGGCGGCGUUGCACCUUACCUUGUCACACUUGCGCUUCUGCAAGCGCUGCCUGGUGCCACCUCUUCGCAGUUCCGGCUCGUGCUGGGGCUUGGAGCUGUGCCAGCCUGCCUAGCUCUGGCCGCUUCCUGGGGCGAGGAGUCGACGCCGACGGCUCGUGCAGCUGGGGACCUGCGUCAGGCACUGCACAGCCACCGUCGCACGCUGAUUGGCACUGCAGGGACCUGGUUUCUCUUCGAUGUCGCUGCCUACGGCACCGUCAUCUUCACUCCUCGCAUCCUGAACCAUGUCUUCGGCGAAAGCCAGUCCUUGACACAGCUGGCUCUCCAUUCUGUUCUUAUGCUAUCCUUCGCAAUCCCGGCGACAUUUCUCGCUGUUGUGGCGCUGCCACGAGUGGGAGCCAGGACGCUGAAUGUGCUCGGCCUGGCUCUGAUGUCUCUCUGCUUUGCCGUCUUUGCGGCCCUGUCCGCAGCUGCUCCUGAUGCGCACAAGGUACUUUUUGCAGUCCUAUGUGCGCUGUACUUUGGCCUGAACUUUGGGCCGAGCGUCGCUACCUUCGUACUUCCUGUGGAGCUAGCACCUGCUGAACUGCGCGGCACCUUUCACGGCCUCUCAGCUGCCGCGGGCAAGACCGGAGCGUUGGUUGGGGCGCUGUUGUUCCCCGUGGUGGACGAAGCGUUCGGGGUGCCCACGGUGAUGGUUGCACAGGCCAUCGUGUGCGCCUCUGGCGCUCUGCUGAGUCAUAUCUGCCUGGGCGAGAGCUCGUCGCCGAGCGAGUAG